UUUAUAUUCUUUUCGAAGGUGUGCGAAAAGUUGGUCAAAUUUUCAUAGCUUUUCUUUUUUUCUUCUUUUAAACUUGUCAAGAUUAAUAAUUUGUGACUAAAGUUUUAAAUAACAUAAUUGAAAAUAGUGGAAAUAUUUUCUUCAAAAAUAACUUUAUUAACAGGAGUGUUAUAAUGAGUGAAACUCCUCCGCAUUCGAAUGUAGGAGAAAUGCAACCUCCUCAGUCCGAUAAUGGCUAUGGUGAACGUGAUUACCGUAGCAAACAUGACAAUUCUGAACGUUCCCGUUCUCGUUCAAAAGACCAUUACAGCCGAGAUGUUAGAGAAAAGGACAAAGAACGAGAAAGGGAUAAAAAAAAGAGGGACAGAUCUCGGGAUCAUCACCGCGAACGGGAGAGCAAAGAUAGGGAUCGGGAUCGCCACCAUGAAAGUCGAGAAAAAGAUCGUCAUAAGAGAGAAAGGGAUCGGGAUAGGGAUCGUAAUAGGGACCGAGAGCGUGAUCGUGACAGGGAAAGAGAACGCGAUCGAAAGAGGGAAGGCUAUGAAAAUGAGAGGGACCGAAACUCCCGUUCUCGUCGAAGUCAUUCUAGAAGCCACUCCCGUCGCAGUCGAUCGCGUAGUAAUGAUUAUGAUAGUCGAAGGAAGCGUCGUUCAAAUAGUCGCUCCGAUAGGCGAGAUCGUGUUCGCGAUCGCGAACGUAGCCGAAGUUAUGAAAGUCGCAGACAUGAACGUGGCAGCAGAGAACGUGGUCAUAGUCAAGGAAAUGCUGUUGAUUCUGAUUUUCGAAGUAGCCGAGAUCAUCGUAUGGAAACAAUUAAAGAGGAAUCUCGUGAAAAAGGUUUUGACUUAACCCAGACUAUUCAAGAAUUAAUGAAUAGCACAACUUCUACCAAAAAUUUUGCUGCACUGUUUCAAUGUUCCAAUAGUAAUGAUUCAUGCAGCAAUGAACCUUCGGAAAAUUCACAAGAUGGAACUGAUCGCAAACGGCGAAAGAGAUCACGGUGGGGAGGCACUGAAAAUGACAAGACAUUUAUACCUGGUAUGCCAACAAUCUUGCCACCAACUCUGGACUCUGCACAACAAGAGGCAUAUUUAGUUCAACUUGAAAUCGAAGAAAUCAGCCGCAAAUUGCGUACCGGUGACCUGGGAAUACCGCAGAAUCCAGAAGAAAGGUCCCCAUCACCUGAACCAAUUUAUAGUUCCGAUGGCAAGCGAUUGAAUACAAGGGAAUUUCGUUUCCGCAAACGUUUGGAAGAGCGUCGCCAUCAAUUGAUACAGAAAAUGCAAAGCGUUAAUCCGGAAUUCAAACCUCCAGCAGAUUACAAGCCACCUGUAACACGUGUAAGCGACAAAGUCUUAAUACCACAAGAACAACACCCAGACAUAAAUUUUGUUGGUUUGCUGAUUGGUCCACGUGGCAAUACACUGAAAGCAAUGGAGAAGGAAACGGGAGCUAAGAUUAUAAUCCGAGGCAAAGGGUCAGUAAAAGAAGGUAAAGUCGGUCGAAAGGAUGGCCAACCUCUACCUGGUGAAGAUGAGCCAUUACAUGCAUUCAUUACUGCACCUAAUCCAGAAGCAGUGAAAAAAGCUGUGGACAAGAUAAAGGAUGUCAUUCGACAAGGGAUUGAAGUGCCGGAAGGUCAUAAUGAUUUGCGUCGCAUGCAACUCAGAGAAUUGGCACAAUUAAACGGUACAUUGCGUGAAACUGAUUGCCCACGUUGCACAAAUUGUGGUUCAAGCGAGCAUAAGUCAUGGCUUUGUCCAGACAAACCCAAUGUGACAAACAGUAUUGUUUGCACGUCUUGUGGUGGGGCAGGUCAUAUUUCGAAGGAUUGUCGUAGCAAACGACCCGGCGCCGCUGGAGAAGCCACUACUGAGGACUCACAAGCGAAAAUUGAUGAGGAGUACAUGAGUUUAAUGGCCGAAUUAGGCGAAGGACCCCCACCAAGUGCACAGAAAGCAACUGUCGAUCCAUUAGCGCAAGUGCACUUGAAUCGUGGUUAUAGUCUAUUUGAUAAGAAGCCAGCGCAAACACUUGCUAUUCAAGCGCCACCACCUUCAAUCGCCCAACCGGCUCCAUCGACUACGUCGGUAAUAUCAACGGGCCCCCCGCCGCCCCCUAUUCCGCCAGCUUGGGGUGGUUCAGCUGCUCCAAUGCCUCCGUUGAUUCCGCCACCAUGGAUUAGUGCACCACCACCGCCACCCGGUAAUGAAUCCUUACCACCACCACCAAUACCAGGCGCUUCGUUACCACCACCACCGCCUGGCACCGGUCCAAUGCCACCAUUGCUUCCUCCACCUCCGGGUACCCAAGCUCCUCUGCCCCCAUGGACACCACCAGCUCCGGGAGGUAUGAUGCCACCAGGGUUCGGUGGUUGGGGCGGUGGCUUCAUGCCAGCUCCGCCAUGUGCACCACCACCACCUCCAUGUGCACCACCACCCCCGGGAAUGCCUGCUUUAAAUCAACCGCCACCACCACCGCCACCAUCUAAUUGAAUUUAAUCUUUCCAAUAAAUGAUAGCAGAGUUAAUGUUGAUUUAAAACCAUGUCAAUUGCUUGAACAGAUUUCUGCAUGCUUAUCUAAAUUUGCUUUGGGAGUUCGAUAUUUGCAAACUGUUCCAUAAUCACAGAACGUAUAUCUUAAAUAUAUAAAAGUUUUAA